AUGCAAACUACGGAUGUGGAAAAAAUUGUCCUCAACAGUGGAGUAGGUCAAGCCGCCGGUGAUAAAAAAUUUUUAGAAAGCACGGAAAAAGUAAUUCAACAAAUUGGGCAAGGACAAAAACCCGCCCGAACUUGUGCUCGGAAUUUGAUUAAUUUAAGUUUGCCGCAAAUUAAAAACUUUCAAGGCUUAUCAACUCAAAGUUUUGACCAACGGGGUAAUUACAAUUUAGGAAUUAAUGAUUUAAACAUCUUUUUGGAAACUGACUAUGAUUUAACUUUUAAAAAUCAAGGUUGUCAAAUUACCAUUGUUUUCACUUCUUCUUCCCCGGAAGAAAAUAAGUAUUUUUUAGAACUAUUAGGAUUUCCUUUUCGCAAACAAAAGCAAUUAACUUCCAAAGGGAAUUGUCCGCAAUGUGGUAGCGAAGAAACAACAUAUGCUAGCCAAAUCCAUAGUGCCGAGUUAUGUACUUCAUGUGAGAAAUGUAACAAAAAGAUUAGUAGCGGAGAAUACAUUGACGAAGGAAAUAAAUAUACUGAGAAGUGA